CUUAUCUCCAAAUAUCCAUCAUGCUAUGAUCUUGACACUGUCAAUUCUUAAUUCUGUGAAAUGGCCAUUGACCACUCCUCAAAAUUUGUCAUUCCAGUUAUUGACAUUUCUGGUUAUCUCGCUGGCAACGACCUUCGAACUGCUGCAAUCACAAACGAAUUGAAUGCCGCAUGUCGCUCUCCUGGAUUUUUCCAGAUUGUGGGCCACGACAUUCCUGCUGAGCUACGCGCUCAUCUCUUCAACAAGGUGGUCCAGUUUUACGAUCUUCCUACCGCCAAGAAGUCGGCCUUGAGUCACACCCUUUCUGUCAACGGCGCGCGGGGUUACGAAGCUGUCGGGACUGUGACCUUGGAGGGCGACUAUGUAGAUCAGAAAGAGGGAUUCAUGAUAGGCACCGAAAAGCCACCCGGAAGGUUUCUACACGGCCCAAAUCUGUGGCCGGAAGAGAGCGAUUGUCCGGGAUUUCGCUCUACGAUGGAGGAAUACUUUGCUUCCAUGCGGAGUCUUAGCGUAAAGAUGUUCCGACUUCUAGCAUUGAGUCUGGGACUUGACGAGUACUACUUCGAUGCUUUCGUAAAUAGUCCUGACUCGAUCUCGAUGUGCCGUGCGCAUAGAUAUCCACGAGAUACUGCUGAAUCGGUAGAGCGUUCUCGAGGGACAGGAGCCCAUACUGACUUCGGCGCUAUGACACUGCUACUACAGGAUGAUGUCGGUGGACUGGAAGUCUUCCACCGACCUAGUAACACGUGGCAUCCCGUAUCCUACGUCGAAGACGCGUUCAUUGUCAAUAUUGGCGAUAUGAUUGAGCGUUGGACGAAUGGCCGCUAUAUGUCAACUCUUCACCGUGUGAUUACGCCGAUUUCGAGUAAGGACAGAUAUAGUGUAGUCUUAUUUAACGAAGGCUUGCUAGACCAAGUGAUCGAAUGCAUUCCAACGUGUAUCGAAGCGGGUGAGAUCCCUAUUCACGAACCUAUAACGGCAGAAGCCCAUUUACGAAGACGCUACGAAACAAUGUAUGGAGAAGCCGAUGAUGGAGGAAACAACAAAUAAAAGGCAUUGUUCUAGGAUGGUACCUAGCUAUAGUUUGACAAAUGCGUCGCAUAAAUUCAUGUGCCGCUGGGAUAAUAGGCUACCUGGUAGUGGGUUCUUGCUUAAAGAAGAGUAUCUGAUAGCCACUUAUGGGGUAUCUGUCUUUCGAAAAAGGUAUCAAUACUCGCGCGCGUACGAGGUAUAUUACAUGU